AAGCAACACGGCUGAGCAUUCAUACGCCGGCUACUUGCUUACUACUAGUCAAUCUACUGCGUCGUCGUCCUCUGUUCUCGACCCUUCCCCGACCCACGCGGCCACGCCCAUCUUCAUUUUCCUCUCCAUCACGCGCGGUGGUGCAUGCGAUCUAUGUAUGUACUAGGGCUAGGCUAGGCGAGCUUCUGGGUGCACGUACCGUACGUCGACUCAUCUCCCUCUCUUUCUCUACCGUCGUUGUACUACGUACUACUCCAUGUACAGCACUCGUGAGGAAGAGGGCGUCGGGAAGUCAUGGCUUGGGCUGGGGAUAGGCGGCGGCAGCGGCGGCUGCGAUCUGAUGCAGCGGAAUAACCGACCACCGGUGCAGUUCGACCUGCUGUUCCCGCCGCAGGGCGUCGUGGAAGGAGUUGCCGCGAGCAAGAAGGCGGAGAAAGGCGGUGGUGGACGGAAGAGGCUCAAGGUCGUUACGGGCACGGCCGACGAGGAUGGCCAGCAGCCCCCAGGCGCGAGGAAGAAGCUCCGGCUCACCAAGGCGCAGUCGACGCUGCUCGAGGACACCUUCCGCGCCCACAGCAUACUCUCCAACGCGCAGAAGCAGGAGCUCGCACGACAAGUGGAUCUCAGCGCCAGGCAGGUGGAAGUAUGGUUCCAGAACAGGAGGGCAAGAACGAAGCUGAAGCAAACGGAGGCGGACUGCGAGAUCCUGAAGCGCUGCUGCGAGAGCCUGACCGGCGAGAACCAGCGGCUGAGGCUGGAGCUCGCGCAGCUGCAGGGGUCGGAGGCUGGGCUCUACCUCCAGUCGUCGUUCCCGCCGCUGGCCGCGGCCAUGGCGAGCGUCUGUCCGUCGUGCGACAAGGUCAUCACCGUGGCGAGCGGCGGCGAGACAAGCGGCAGAAGCUCGACUAGCUACUCCUCGUGAUGCGCUGGGUUCAAUAAUGGGCAGUCGUUGAGACCUGACCAUUUGAGAGGAUAAUGGGCAUUUGCGAUAAUGGCGCAGGCAGCAGGAUUGGCAGACAGUGCCACUGCCCUAGCUAACCGGUUGCGCGCUCUCUCCUCUCUCUCUCAAGAAUAUUUGUCGAAUCGGCAAGCAGGGCAGGCAGAGAAGAAGGCAGCUGUAUUUCUUUUCUAUCAAUUGGAGGUAGGCAGCAAUUCAGGUCUCCGUCUCUCCAUCUCUCAUCCUCUCUCUGUAAUAUGCGGAUUAAUUAUAACGUUAUCCACUUCUUCCAUUCUUUGUGCUUGUUAAUUAAGUGUUUUGUGCUUGUUAAUUAAGUAAAUAUGUCCUUCAA